UUGUAAAUUGUAAUUCUCCCCAAGUAGGAAUAUGUACUAGUUAAUAUAUGCUUUACGCAUGCAAGUGUGGACCCACUUAUACUUGAGAACAGAAUUUGCUAUGAAGGCAGAGUAAGAAGAAGGAUUUUGCAUCUAGCAAUGCAAGUUUGGUAUUUUACCUUUUCACAAUUAACAUAUAAAUCAAGAUUCCCAGUUCAUGGGUAAUAUUUGCUAUAUGGCUAUUGAAGUUUCUAAUCAUAUAAACAGUAGGAGAAUCAUAGUCUCACAAAAUUUGAAUAUAUUCUUAACAAAUAAACUUGUUUUUUCAUUAUUUGGAAAAGAGUGUAUAUUAAUCCUCUUUCAUAUAUGUACGAAUUUUACAUUGAAAUGAUUAAUCCAUCUCUUUUUCUCUUAAAAUAGUGGAAACAAAUUUAUCAUUUUACACAGUAAGAUUAUUUUAUGACAUGGUUAGGAAUUUAAAAUAUAUGAAAAUGCUAGAAAAUGAAAUGGGAUAUAGUAAUUUGCGCACAGGAUCAAAUGCUUUAAAGUUGGGAAAGGAAUUAAACGAAGAUACUAAAACCCCAUUGUAAAUAGAGUUAAAGAACUCAAAUUGUUUAUGUGCUUCAUGUUCUGAAGCCAAACUACUCUCUUUUCAUCACAACACAGAACAAAACAGAGAGAAAGCAGAGCAGUGGGAAAAAGAAUGUUUUAGUCUCUCAAGACUGAUUGAUUCAUGCUCUAUGCCUACGGCUUUCAAGAGAAAACUCGAUCUCCAUCGGCGGCAGGGCCGAACGAACCCCUUGAUCUGGCUAGCAGCGAUCCUAUGCACCAUCAUAGCCAUAGCAGUUGUGAUUGCAGGGAUAGUAGUUUUCAUCGCAUACUUGGUCAUCCAUCCAAGAGUACCUGUGAUCAGCAUCACCAAUGCUCAUUUAGACCUUCUCCGGAACGACUACGCCGGCCUCCUCCAGACACAGCUCACAGUCAUUGUGAGGGCUCACAAUGGCAAUGCCAAGGCUCAUGCUACUUUCUCUGACAUAAGCUUCAACAUCAGCUUCCAAGGCCAAGGCAUAGCCGUCCUCGUUGCGGAUUCUUUGGAGGUUCCUAAGAAUAGUACUAAGGAUCUUAACUAUGUUAUUCAGUCUUCUUCCAUUCCUUUGACUCCUGAUCAGAUGGAGAAAGUAGAUGAUUCUUGGAAGAAGAAUGAGAUUGCCUUCGAUUUCAAGGGAAAUGCAAGGACUCGGUGGAGGAUAGGGCCUGUAGGAUCUGUUAAGUUCUUGUGCCGCUUGAACUGUCAACUCAAGUUCCAUCCUUUGAAUGGCAGCUACAUUCCAAAUAGGUGCACCUCAAAAUCAAAAUGAAUCUCUUCUUAUUCUCCUCCUUCUUUCAUAAUUCAACUUACAUAUUCUUAGUUUUCUUGCCUAUGUAGAUAUUAUUUCAGCUAAUAAAAUUCAGUAUCUAUUCUUAGAUUCUUUGCUUUUCAAGUAGAUUGU